GUGGGCGGGGAGCGGCGGAGGGCGGAGGCAGAGCUGGCCGCCGCAGUUUGCCGCCGCGGCUGGGCGCCUAGGCAGAGCUCCCCGGGGUUCGUGCGGACGCCAUGGACGAGCAGGCGGGUCCCGGCGUCUUCUUCAGCAACAACCACCCGGGCGCUGGCGGUGCUAAGGGGCUCGGGCCUCUGGCGGAGGCUGCAGCGGCCGGAGACGGGGCGGCUGCGGCGGGGGCGGCCCGAGCUCAGUACAGCCUCCCCGGGAUCUUGCACUUCCUGCAGCACGAAUGGGCCCGCUUCGAGGUGGAGAGAGCCCAGUGGGAGGUGGAGCGGGCGGAGCUGCAGGCCCAGAUUGCCUUCCUUCAGGGGGAGAGGAAAGGUCAAGAAAAUUUGAAGAAAGAUCUUGUGAGGAGGAUCAAAAUGUUGGAAUAUGCUCUGAAGCAGGAACGAGCCAAAUACCACAAGUUGAAAUAUGGAACAGAACUGAAUCAGGGAGACAUGAAGCCUCCAAGCUAUGAUUCUGAUGAAGGCAAUGAAACAGAGGUGCAGCCACAGCAAAACAGCCAGUUAAUGUGGAAACAAGGACGGCAGCUGCUCAGACAGUAUCUCCAGGAGGUCGGCUACACAGAUACCAUUCUAGACGUGAAAUCCAAAAGAGUGCGAGCAUUGUUGGGCUUUUCAAGUGACGUCACUGACAGGGAGGACGACAAGAACCAGGACUCGGUUAUAAAUGGCACAGAGGCUGAAGUUAAAGAGGCGGCAAUGAUUGGAAAAUCUGACUUAACGGAUUCUGCCUCCGUGCUGGACAAUUUCAAAUUCCUUGAAAAUGCAGCUGCAGAUUUCAGUGAUGAAGAUGAGGACGAGGACAUUGAUGGAAGAGAGAAAAGUGUCAUUGAUACUUCAACAAUUGUUCGGAAGAAAGCAUUGCCUGAUACCAGUGAAGAUCGCGACACAAAGGAAGCUCUGAAGGAGUUUGACUUCCUCGCCGCCUCAGAGGAAGGCGACAGUGAAUCCAGGAGUGCGGGCGACGGGACCGACUGGGAAAAGGAAGAUCAGUGUCUCGUGACCGAAGCCUGGAAUGUGGACCAGGGAGUAAUUACCAAACUGAAGGAGCAGUACAAAAAGGAGAGAAAGGGAAAGAAGGGGGUGAAGAGAAAAACUACCGAAGAUCUGUUUCAGCCUCUAUCCUAUAUAAAACAGUCAAAACAGGGAUGUGGGAGAAUGAAGAACCAAAGCCCAGGGCCCAAUAGGUCAAAACUACAGGACAUGCUUGCUAAUUUGAGAGAUGUUGAUGAGCUUCCCUCACUGCAGCCCUCUGUUGGCUCCCCUUCCAGACCCAGCAGCUCCAGGCUUCCUGAACAGGAGAUCAGUAGGGCAGAUGAAGUGGAAGCGCUGACGUUUCCUCCUUCUUCUGGGAAGUCAUUUAUCAUGGGAGCAGAUGAAGCCCUCGAAAGUGAACUGGGGCUCGGAGAAUUAGCAGGCCUCACGGUGGCCAACGAGGCAGACUCGCUGGCCUACGAUAUAGCAAAUAAUAAAGAUGCCUUGAGGAAGACGUGGAACCCUAAGUUUACGUUACGAAGUCACUUUGAUGGCAUCCGAGCCCUUGCUUUCCACCCCAUCGAGCCUGUUUUAAUCACAGCAUCCGAGGACCAUACACUGAAAAUGUGGAAUCUGCAGAAAACCGCCCCAGCCAAAAAGAGUACUUCUCUUGACGUGGAGCCUAUCUAUACGUUCAGGGCUCAUAAAGGUCCAGUGCUGUGUGUAGUCAUGAGCAGCAAUGGUGAGCAGUGCUACAGCGGUGGUACGGACGGACUGAUUCAGGGCUGGAACACCACCAAUCCCAACAUCGACCCCUAUGACUCUUACGAUCCUUCUGUUCUGAGAGGCCCUCUGUUGGGCCACACAGAUGCAGUGUGGGGGCUGGCCUACAGUGCCGCACACCAGCGGCUGUUGUCCUGCUCAGCAGAUGGCACUCUCCGCUUAUGGAGUACGACGGAGGUCGCUCCGGCACUGAGUGUGUUCAAUGAUAACCAAGAACUGGGAAUCCCUGCCUCGGUGGACCUAGUGAGCAGUGACCCGAGCCAUAUGGUAGCAUCAUUCAGCAAAGGAUAUACGAGCAUCUUUAAUAUGGAAACACAACAGCGAAUUCUCACUUUAGAAUCCAAUCUAGAUUCAACAGCCAAUUCUUCCUGCCAAAUCAACAGAGUCAUCAGCCAUCCCACUCUCCCGAUCAGCAUCACUGCUCACGAGGAUAGGCACAUCAAAUUCUAUGACAACAACACAGGCAAACUGAUCCACUCGAUGGUCGCCCACCUAGAAGCUGUUACAAGUUUAGCGGUUGAUCCAAACGGCCUGUACUUGAUGUCUGGAAGUCAUGACUGUUCAAUACGCUUAUGGAAUUUAGAAAGUAAGACAUGUAUCCAAGAGUUCACAGCUCAUCGGAAAAAAUUUGAAGAAUCAAUCCACGAUGUAGCAUUCCACCCUUCCAAAUGCUAUAUAGCCAGUGCUGGAGCCGAUGCACUGGCCAAGGUCUUUGUAUGAUGUGACGCAUCAGCUUCACCUUCUAGCUCUUUAUUAAAAGUCAACUGCACAACAGAGACACAGAAGACCAGGGCAGGAAUCAGCUCACCCUGCCCUCUUGUUCGGCUGAAGGAGCACAGAGAACAUUUGUUAAAGUAUAGUUUUGCAAUCUGCGGACUGUUUUCUAAAAUUAAGGUUUGUUCAGGUUGCUGCAAGCUCAGCUGAAUCUGUGAGCCUGAAAACUUUCAAAUUUCCCCCUAAAGAGGCACUUUUAUUUCUGAAGUUGUUCUCGUUCGCUAGGCAGGCCUGAGCGAAAACAGGUUUAGCGUCUCCCUUCCUGAUAAACAGGGCAUGCUGUAAUGGAUCACUAGAGUUGGAUGGCUGGGAAUGAGUGGAGGGAACUUAGACACACUCUACCCUGAGACGUCUGCUCAACAUAUUAGGUAGUCAACCUAGCCUGUAUCUGCUCUGCUAACCCGUGAUGGAGAAUGACCAGACAGUGUUCAGAUGAGUUCCGAACAGAGCUAUCCUUCCUGCUGCUCUCACGAAGCAUGGCAGAGCACUUCACCUAGCAGCAGGAAAAGACGCAAUACCAUGUUAAGUAUAUUACUCAGAAAUGCUAAACCAAUACUUAGUUUGCAAACAGAUCUCUAUAUUGCAUUACAACUUUGAAAGUAGAUGUGGUACCAUUCUAAAGUUUAGCUGUCAAACAUCCAUUAUGAACAUGAGUUAACAGAGCCUGCUUUUACUAAAGGUUUUUAACUUCUCCAGGUUUGAGAUUCUGUUUAUUUUUAAGGGCGAACAGGGAAUAUCUCUAUAAUAAUUUGUUUAAAAAUUCGCCUCAUUUGUGUGGUAUUUAUAGCAUUAGAGUGAUUAUUUCAUAUUGAUGAAAUUUACUUCCUAAUGACUGAAAAGGGAGAAAGCUGUUUAUUACCCAUUUCCCAACACCCAUAUAAUUGGUUCAGAUAAUCCUCGAUGUUUCUUCCCUGCCUUUCACAUUCAUGGUUUCUGACACCUACCAUAAACAGUUAAAAUCAUAAUUCCCAUGUUGUAUAGUCCAAAGCGAGUGGUCACCUCAGGCAGCUGCUUUCACGUCCCUGCUUAAUGAAGCAGUGCACCCCGGAAGUCCUCUCCUGGUGUCGCUAAGGACUUCCCAGAGACCGAGACGGGAGACAGUGAUGCCUGUGAGGUUCUCUCUCCCCACCCCAUUGUUUCACAGGGACACACAUGUCAACAACGAUGAAUCAGUACUGUGUCCAGAUAAAACCAGGCCUGAAAAUGGCAGGUUUCACAUUUAUCUGUGACCCAUGUGUGGUCAGCUUUUGGGAGUCUCAGAAUGCUACCAACUAACCUAGUGCCCUGCCCUGCAGACCUCCUACCUGUAACUGUCAGGACUCUUCAUGCCCUUCACACAGAGACCAAUAUAAAUGUUCAAAAGAAAUUAAUGUCCACCUUUUCACCAAAAUGUAUAUGCCAUAAAAAUAGUAUACCCAUAAAUAUUAUAACCCACGAUAAUGAUUCCAUUGCCACAGCCAUGGCGUUUCUGGUGAUCUAUUCUUUGAAGUAGCAUUCUCGUGGUGAUAUGGGUAAUAAUUGACAUUUUAAAAAUUUCUGCUCAUCUGCCUUUAGAAUUCUGCAGUGUGCAGGCAAAUUUUCAUUAACAUUAUAAGACCCAUGCUAAAUUUCCCUGGUUGUUCUAUAGACAUGCUGUAGUAUUUUAAUACAAUUACAUUUUAUCUUUGUGCUUUGGUUAACAAACAGACCUAAGAGAUCAAUUGAUAUGCACAAGUGAAUUGAGUUAAAUGCUUAUGUUUCCAUGCAGAUACAGAAUUUUACACUGAUGGGUAAAUUUUUCCAUCCUUCGUAAAAUGAGCAAAAGGAUUUUCUAACUGGACAUUUUUAGGCUAUUAGAAGAUUUCCAUUAGAAGUAGUGGAUUUCUGACCACAGUCCCUGCUUUAAUGACUUCCCAAAGUCUCCAGUGUGUGUCUUCCUCUUGUCACAAUAGUCUGGAAACCAGGAGAGGCUGCCCUGUUGGUUCUGUGCCUCAUUGAUUCUGUGGGAAAUAAUCCUGAGCUAGGCGGAGUGUAAUACAAGUGACAGAACUGUUGAAAGUGUUUAGGAAGUGUGCUUUGUGCCAUUGGAGACUGUACAUAGAAAGAGAUUCUUCUAAACUAGCCCUGUUUGCUAUCAGCCUGGACAUGAGCCAAAGCUGUCUUCCAGCCAGAUGGUAGCAUGGACAUUUCUCUGACUUUCCCCAUCCUAAUGAAAAUUCACAAAAUGAACAAUUUCAAGAUUCAAAAUCAUUGAAAUGCUGUCAUAAAUAUUUACCACAUUGUAAAUAUUCUGGGUGAACUGUUUUGGAAUAGUAUGAAAAUCAGCAGGUGGGUUAGGUCCCUGCCUUAUUUUCAUGUGCUAUGGAUACGUUUCUGGGAGCUUACAGUACCCUUCUCAAAACACAGCUGUCAUGAGCUCAUUUGCUACUCAAACUAUAGACAAAUAAGUGAUAGAAUGACCUUUCAGUAUUUUUCUAUUGAACAAAUUUAUCAAUUUUUGCCAUUAAACAGAUAAUUAGUUAUGCAAAGUAUUUAGCUUUUGUAAUCAUUUAGUUGUAACUAAAAGGGGAAAAUUGAACUGUAUCACUGAUAAUGAACUUUGUGAGAAAUUAUUUGUUUAUCUGACUUCCAUUCCUUCAGUAUUCUUGCUAUAAAUUUCUUUUGGAGAUAAUGAUUCUUUAUUUGAAAGAUGUCUAAAAUGUAUGUAUAUUUUAUAAAUAUAUAUUAUAUAUAUUAUAGGGAUAUAUAUAAUAUAUAGACUAUAUAUAUAUAUAUCUAAACCAUGGGUGCAUUUUACUGUUUGUGUUCUCAUUUGGAGGUGGUAUACUCCGAAGUUGUUGACUAUGACGAGUGUUGUGCUGUUUGCUUUUACAGUAUAAUAUAUAGUUCUGUGUUUAAAUUACUGUACAUACUAUAUUCAUCAUAGGCUAGCAUGCUUGUUUUAAAGACUGUCAUUCUAGUUUAUUAAAAUCUGAAUGUAAGAAAACCUGGCUAUUCAAAUGUGAAUUGAAAAAAUUCCAUUCUCAGUACUGAACUAUUUCCAUUGAACAUUCAAGCUUUUUGACAAAAUGUGUCAUCGAGAAGGCAAUAGCUAGAAAGUGUGAGGUGCCUUUAAAAACUACAAAUGCAGCCUUAUAGCGAGGGUGAGGAUUGAAUCUGUGUCGGGGUGGGAGGGGGAAGAGAGAGCAUGAGAAGUGUGUGUGUGUGUGUGUGUGUGUGUGUGUGUGUGUGUGUGUGUGUGUGUGUUUGCCAAUCUGUGAAGAUCCUUAUUUGUGACAGUCAAUGUCUUUUAAUGUAUCUGCUCAACUUCUAGGACUUCAGGGGACAUUUCAUGCACAAUCUUUAUGCUCUUUGGAGCACCUUAUAUGCUUUCCAAGAGUUUCGAAUGUGAAUCCCUAGAAAAUUCAGUAAAGAAUAAAUAGCUGAUUUUUAAUUAAAAUCAACUUCAGUAACAAAUUAUUGGUUCCCCAGAAUGAUGGGAUUCUCAUUGAUGGUAUAAUUAUUUAAAGCUUGCUUUUUUUUAGUACUCCAUAUAUUUUCCCUGUUCACAAGAGUAUGUCAUGAAAUUCUUAUAUGAUGAGGAUUGAACUAGUAAAAAUCAUUUUUAGAUGAAACACUUGAACUAAUUAAACUUCCACCUAAGAAUAGUCUAGAAGAAUUUAAAUGGCCUCUCAUAUCUACCUCAUUGUCACUGCCGCCAUUUGAAGUAGGACGGAUCCCUAUGACGUUAGAAAGGUCGGCUGAUGCCAUUCGACAGUCUGUGUCCAUUUGAAGUAGAACAGAUCUCUGUGACCUUAGAAAGGACGGCUGAUGCCAUUUGACAGUCUGUGUUGGUGCUUCUCUCAGGCUUUGUCAUCUCAGAUGUAUCAUCACAAAGCAGACUGAAACAUUUAGGAUUAACUUUAGGUUUUUUGCUUGUUUGUUUGUUUGUUUGUUUUCCUCAAGGAUUACUUAAAACACCACCAGUGUUCUUAGUGAGUGGAGAGAGUUGGACCCUGGUUGUUAUGUGUAAUAUUUUUAACCAAGAAUCAAGUUGUUGCUGUAUUUACCUGAAGCUCCAGGCAUCGUGGCACACUCUUGUAACCCCAGCACCUGAGAGGUGGAGGCAAGAGGAUCACAAGUUCAAGAUUAUCCUCAGCCAUAUAGGGAGUUCAAGGCCAGCCUGGGCUACAUGAGCCCUUGUCUCAAAAACAACAAUAAAAAGUUAACCUGUAAAAAAAAAAAAAGUAUGAUUCUAUUUGGCUUACUUUAUUUUUUGAAAGUUAUUUUCAUACUCUUAGGUAUGUAAUUAUUCACUUUACUGGCUUAGAAGUUGCCUCCAUGACUGUGUUACUUGUCUGUUUAUAUUGAAGUACUGAGUGACACUGGGACUCUGGUUGUAUAAAAGUAGUAUCUGAUGGAGUGUGUGUGCGUGUGUGUGCGUGUGCGUGUGUAUGUCUAUGUAAUGUAUCGUUUCCUAAAGUCCAUGUUAGUGGAAGGUCAGAAAAUGAAUAUAUCUCUGUUUAGCAGGUCAAUGAUUUGAAUCAAUUUUGCAUUUGCCACUGAAGGCUUUGUAAUUGCCCGUAUCAAGCAUGCAGCUAGGUCCCCAUGUCAGUGGAAGGGACUCCAUAUUGACCAAGUAUUUAACAGAACCCGUACAUCAGUUGUUAGGUGUUUAAUUUUGAAGAGCUUUAUGUUAGACUAAAAGAGAUCUUUAGAUCCGCUAUUUAUUCUAACAAUGUUUCUGAAGUGGUGCUGAGGAUUUUUUCUGGAUCUUGGCUAGUCAAGCUUUAGAUUUCAUUUAACUGGGACCACAUGCUCAUCACCCCUCUGGUGCAAAUUAGAAAGUUGGUGUUAAUUUAAAUUAACUUCAAUGUCUGCCUGGGUUUUUACCAGGCUGUGAACCAGUGAGUGCCUUGUUAAUGUAGAAUGAUUUUUCCCGUUGUACGUUAGCUCUUUCUGAAAGGGUCUCAGAGACUGGGGUUUGAAGUGUCUUGUGGAGAGCUGCUGAGUUGGCAAUACAGAUUUGGGGAGUCUUUGGUCUGCCAUAUCCCACUCUUCCUGCUUUCCCUUCAUUGGCUUGUGUUGGCCUCUUGAGAAAACUAAUACAGCCCCCUUCACACACUUUUUCCCCCCAUUCCAGAUUAAGGAGUAUCCGCUAUCUCUCUCCCCUGCCCCCACCAGCUGUAUGAUCCAAUGCCUGUUUUUAGGAAGAACCACUGCUUUGUAAUACUAAAACUCUAUCAUUUAUUUUACGUCUUACCAAUGUCAGUUUACUGGAGUGAACCUCAGGGCAUCAUCAGUUCAGAAUCCUAAAUAACCCUUUCUCUCCACAUCCAAACCCUCAACUGGUGAGCCCUAGGCCAGAUUGUUUGAUAUUCAGGUGUCUUAAAUUUUAGUUAUAAUAUCAAUUAAUGUAAAUCCAAAUGCUAAUUUUUGUGGUGCAAGAAGUUCCUUUUGUAAAUUCAGGGUAUGGAUAAGCUAAUAAUGAUAUCCAGUUUUGGUGGCUCUAAGUGUAUUAUUUGUUUUUAAAUAAAGUGUACAAAAUAGUU